CAUCCUCCGCCCAGCUGUUACACCGCGUCAAACGUCGUGCGUGAUAACCAUCACGACGCGUCUUUUCUUCUCUUCUCCUUUUCCUUCUUUUUAAUGUUAAGUGAUGUAGAAAGUGAUUCACCCCUAAGGAGGAGGAGGAGCGCACUGAUCGGUGCUGCGUGGGGGGAGGUUCUGGUCGGUGCGUAGUUUCUGUCUCCCUCUCCUCUCCGGCGUUUUCCGCGGGAUCUGUCGUUUCAGCGGCGGCGCGUAGGGAGAGCACGUCCGGGAUGGAGCGGAUGGAGUCCAUGGAGCCGAUCUCGGCGUGCUACAAGACGGCAUACCCGGAGAUCAACCCCGACAGCGGCUACGGCUCCGGAGAGAACACGGAGAACCAGGCGAAGACCCCGCCGGCCCCGAGCUACGACGAAGAUCUGGUGCAUAAGACAAUCUUGGUCGGGGACAGCGGCGUAGGGAAGACUUCUCUUCUGGUUCAGUUUGACCAGGGCAAGUUCAUCCCAGGCUCCUUUUCUGCCACAGUUGGAAUUGGAUUUACGAAUAAAGAGGUAACUGUUGACAACGUAAAAGUCAAACUGCAGAUUUGGGACACAGCAGGACAGGAACGCUUCAGAAGUGUGACUCACGCAUAUUACAGAGAUGCACAUGCUUUGCUGCUUCUGUACGACAUCACCAACAAAUCGUCGUUCGACAACAUCAGGGCAUGGUUGACAGAAAUCCAUGAGUAUGCACAGACCGACGUAGUCAUCAUGUUGCUGGGCAACAAGGCCGACAUGAGCGGCGAACGAGCGAUCAGGAGAGACGAAGGAGAGAGGCUGGCCAGAGAGUAUUCGGUCCCCUUCAUGGAGACGAGCGCCAAGACAGGAGUCAACGUAGAGCUCGCCUUCACAGCCGUAGCCAAGGAGCUGAAGCACCGGGCCAUCCAGCACCCCAAUGAGCCCAAGUUCCAAAUUCACGAAUACAUCGAGUCGCAGAAGGAGAAGUCCGGCUGCUGCAGCUACUUCUGAGUCUCAGGCUGUCACGGAUGCGCAGAGGGCCGCCGAGUGGGAGGAAAUAUUUCGCUGCCAUUCAUGGGACAUAAAAAUUCACAAGUAUAUCCUAAGAAGAAGAAUCGAGGAGAAUAUGGAGCCAGGUAUUAAUGUGGACGAUCCACGGUUUCACCUCUGCCAAGAAGAGAUUCUCCAAACUCUCUUGUCAACAGAAGCUCACGCUUCGCAUCGCAUUUUUGGUCUAAGGGAACAUUGCCUUAUGAAUUUCUGUACUUAACUAGCGGCUGACUUUCAGAGCGAGAGCACAACUUUAGCCAAUUUGUUGAAGAUAUGCCUUUCAACACCUGCAAAACUCACACCAUUUACUAUGCAAAAGUAUUCAUACCCCUUAAAACCAAAAUUGUGAGUGUAUUUUAUUCACGCUUUUGGUGGUAGACCAAAACAAGAUGUACUUAAUUGCCAUAUGGAGGAAAAAUAAUGAAACCUUUACUAGUAAAAAUCCAAAAAGUCCACUGGGCUUUGACUGGGCCAUUCUAACACAUAAAUACUAUGUGUUUAGAGUUGUUGUCCUGGUCGAUGGUGAGAUAUUAGGGUGGCUUUUGAAGGCAGUUGAUUGCAUCGAAAUGUUUAGUCACAACAGAGUGAAGGGGUCCAAUUUCAAAUGCUCGGCAUACUUUUCAGAUUUUUGUUUUUUAUGCAUUGUUUUUCUGCAUUUCGCAAUUUCUCACUUGUUUUCUUUGACACAAAAACACGAAAAUGAAAAUUGUGGCCGUGAUGUGAUGAAAAGAGGAGAUGUUAAAGGAGUAUUGAAACUUUUGUAAGAUGAUGGAUUGAGACGGGGUUAAAUCUGCACGUAAACACAACGCCCAACUUUAGGCACAGCAUUUUCUGUAAUGCCAGCCUGUGCGGAUAUCCUCCCAUAGAUACCAUAGCUACUGGGUCAUAGAGCAAAGUCUGGCCUCCACUUUACCAAAUAUGUUCCUUUUAUUGAGAAGCCAUGACACAAAUGUCACUCAGUUUGUACGUACUUGCAAAUUAUUAUGAUGCUAAUAUUACCAUGGAUUGCCAUGGGUUAGACAUUUGUAAUAUAACUGGUUUACAGCCGUCUGCUUUAUGACGGUUGUGUGAAAAUGCUUUGGUGUGUUUUUGUUUCGUCGUCGUUUCAAAUGCAGCUAGUUGCGAUGUGAGACGCUGUCGGUGAGACUCCUUUUGCCAACUUUAUGUUAUUUUGCGUGUGUUGAAAAAUGCAAAUUACGCUAAAAAAAACACACACACACGCACACACACACACACAGAGAGACAAACCAGCUUCUUACUAUGAAUGUAAGGCACAAGGAAAUGAAAUCUCAAGACUUGUAAUAUGUGAAUAUGUUUGCAGAAAUCAUUUAUGAACAUAAAUGUAAAACAAUAUAUAUAUCCUCUUGAAUUCAACGAAAUUAAGUAAUCUAAUCGAAGAUUUUAUUUUCUGUAUUGUUAUUCAUAUACAUGUGCAAUUUAAAUCCAUUUGAUUGCAAAGACAUUCGUCUCCUAAAAUCAGCUGGAAGAGCUGAGGAAAUAUAGGAUUGCACUGCUGAAUAAAAAUUCAAACUAAAGAGCCAAAACACUCCGGGCUCUUUAUAUUGAUCAGCUGCUGGCAUCUCCUUCUGUAUAUGCCGUACUUAUUUGUGCUAAGAAUGCAGCAGAGGUACUUCUAAAAAUGCUCCCAAGACAUAGCGACCGCAUCAAACUUCCAAGCACCACUGACGCUAACACUGAACUUGCUCAAAGCACAUGCCUUUUCACUUAAUUGCUAAUUUUGAGGUUUGGUUCUUUUUGCAUGUAAGGCUGGAUUGCAUGUACCAUAUCUGUGCGGUUUUCACUUAGAAAUGUAUGUAACCCAAAUUCUUUUAAGUUGAAAAUAACAGAAACAUAGAUAACCAACACAGCUGUUAAAGUUUCAAGUCAAAGCUCAGGGUAAAAUCGUGUUGUAAAGUGCAUCGUUUGAUUAUAAUUACACACAAACAUAAAAAGAAUGAAUAUAUAACUUGUUCUUACUCAUGCAAUGAGAUAGCAGAGAUGUCAAGCAGCCUAACCAACUUCUGCAUUUUCUAAUUAGCUGAAAUAGCUAUUGAUUUGUUUUGAUAGAGCGACCUGUUGGUUUAUUAGGACCAUUAGAGUCAAAAUGUAAUACUUUAGCAACUAAACCAAUGAGCUGAUAGGAACUAAGCACAAAGGUCGUCACACCAACCUCGCAUUUCAAUGCGAUGAUUAGGGAAGCCUUAAAUAAAAAGUUAUGUCAAAACGCCUCUGUGAUAACCGUGUUGUUUAUGCAAUCUCCCCCGCCCCUCCCUUCUACAAAGAUAUGCAAAUCAAUUCGCUCUGUAUUUCAAAUUAGUCAGUGAACAUGCUUUGUGGAUGCUUUAUGAUGGUUUAGCAUGUGUUUUUGACGUGUCAUUUGCUGAAUUAAAAAAAUAAAUAAAUUAUUUUCAA